AUGGCGGUGAAUCCCAAAGAGGUCCUCCAGAAGUCUAUCUCGACUCUGGAGAACCGCCGAGACGAGAUCCUGCGCGAGCUAGAUAACCUCAGCCUACAACUUCAUAACCAGAAGGCACAAUACUCACAACUUCUCAACGAGGACGCACCUAUCCACAAGCUUCCAAACGAGCUCUUGACCGAAAUCUUUUUGGAUUGCAAACAAAUUUCCGCACGAUCCAGGAAUAAAAGCCGUGUACAGAUCCCCUUUCAAGUGGCUGCCUCGCAUGUAUCACGUCGUUGGCGCGAGGCGAUAUUGGCCACACCUCUGCUAUGGAAUACCAUGGACUUUCACAUCCGGCCCAUGAACCACGUUCAACGCAGGGUCUUGUCGCAGCUCGGAGCACAUAUUAAGCGCUCCGAUACGUGUUUUCUCGACAUAUCCCUCAAUUUCCACAUUGUGGACCAGUUGUCGUCCUAUUUUAAGCUUCUAGGCGCUCAUUCAAGGCGAUGGCGGCGCUUGUCCAUUGUGACGAAGCAUGAACAGGUUGAAGAGAUAUCCGAACUAUUGAGACAUGCAGAAGCUCCGAUUCUUCAGCACCUGUCUCUCAAUAUAGGCAAGCCAGAGCAAGGCUCUUUGUCGCCUCGGAAGCCAUAUUCAGCCAUUGCACAAAAUAUCCUCAUGCUCGGCGCACCUUCACUCUCAUUUCUCAGGCUAGCAGGAUUCGCUCUCGGUAAUUCACACCCUCCCACAUGUUUCGUUACGACUCUCCAUCUUGACGGUUGGACCCGCCACUACAUGGUCCAUGAUCAGUUCCGAACCAUCCUCGAGAAUACCCCACUCCUUGUCAAUCUAUCCCUCAACCAACUCACCGUUCAUCACCCCCGAGACCCACUAGAAGUCUUACAGACAGUGAAUCUCGCUAAUCUACGCAGUCUGCGGAUCCAUGGUCCCUGUCCAUCCUUGUUUCGAUUAAUACCAAUGAUGCGUAUGCCGCAACUCCACACAUUCUCCCUUCAUAGAAUCGACAUCUUCGAUUCUCCCAUCCUCCCUUCUGUUCAAACUGUUUGCCUGGAGUCGUGCGCCUUCGACGAGCCAGAAAUAGAGAACCUCAUUCGAGCGUUCCCGUCUGUGUCAUACCUGAGCAUCGACGAAGCAAUGCCGGAUAUUUUUUUUAUGCUUCUGCCAAACUCCCCCGAGACCGAGCCCGAGCCCGACCCAGCAAGACCUUGCCCCUGGCCACACCUGCUGACACUAGCUAUUCAGGACCUGCAGCCAGUAGACGUAACCCCGCUCUGCCACUUGGUGUACACGCGCAGAAAUGGACCCGCAGCGCUGAAGAAGAUACAUCUCGACCGACGAAGUCGCACAGUACUUCAGACCAAGGAUCGGUUGGAUUGGCUGCAAGACCAGCUCGAAGUGGAUAGGAAUUAUGUUCCUGAUCCAUGGCCGGCUGGUCUUGGAUAUGAAGACGUGCAUGACCUCUUGGAAUAA